UACCCUCCACUCCUCACCCCCCUCAAAUCUCCUGUCCCCAGCCAACGCCCCCAGCAGAAACAACUCCAUGUCCCCGAGUGAAGUCUUGGGCCUGUUCGACGCCGCCCUCGCCGACCAGACCCUCUCCAUCAGCACGUACACCGAGUCUCACAGCGAGCUGCCUUCUCCGGCAUUCAGGUUCUCCAGCAUGACGGAUGACGCUCUUCCUGAACCUUUCGAGAGCGUGUCGGAGCCGCCUAUGGAGAAACACGCAGAAGCUGUGAGCGAGGCUAGCCACGACCCACUGAGGCAGCUCAACUCUUCUUCUUCAUCGUCCUCGUCGUCCGAAUCGAGCAUCUUUGAGGAAAAACAACAAGAAGAUAAUUUGCCUCCUAUAGAGAAAAUAGACAAUCAUCAUGACCUACAUACGGAUAACCUUGACCUUCAACUAUCGAGGCACACCUCAGCACCGGAACUAUCAGCGCACGUAGAGCAACCCAAGACACCGGACCGAAAUUUUUAUCGCGACGAAAACGAAAACCUGGACGUCCAGCUCCUCGAGAGGUCAUUGACCUCCAGGAGUGGCCGGAAGAAGAGACUCAACCCCGCGGCUCUCAACGUCACCAAACUCCGGGCAGACGUGAAAACGGUCCGGCAGCAGAUCAAGCCUGGGCUGGUCGAGGACCUGGCCACGCUGUUCACCAACAUGAAGACCCAGUACCUGACCUCUCCCACCAAAGAGAGAGAAGAGGUCAGCUUCAACCUGCAGGAGAAGGUCAAAGAUCUGGAAGAGAAAGCGGCGUCUUCCUCGCCCCUGUCCAGCCCACGUGACCAAAAAGUUGAAACCAGCGUCGUGAAUGUUGAAAGCACACCUACAAGAAGUCGAUCAUCAUCCGAAAGUUCUGAUGGGAAAUCUCCAACUCUAAAAGAUCAAAAAAUUGAAACCACUUCUACAAGAAGCCGAUCAUCAUCCGAAAGUUCUGAUGGGAAAUCUCCAAUUCUUAAAGAUCAAACAAUUGAAACAACUUUUACAAGAAGCCGAUCAUCCUCCGAAAGUUCUGAUGGGAAAUCUCCAACUCUAAAAGAUCAAAAAGUUGAAAGCAGUGUCGUGGAGGUUGAAAAAACUUCAACUAAAAGUCGAUCUUCAUCUGAGAGUAGUGAAAGAAAACUUUCAUUGCAAUCAGUACAUGACGCAGAAGACUCGUCUGAAAGUAGCUCCGAUGAGAAUGAAGACAAAAACUUACCCAAAACCGAACUACAUUCAGAAGCCUACAACAGUCACGAGACGGAAGCAACACAUUUAGAUUUUCUACAAGAAAUUUCGGAGCAGUUUGAUAAAUCCGUGUCUGUUCCGCCAGUGUCAAUCCAGCCCCAGUCCACGCCCAGAAGCAGAUCUUCUUCUGAUCAUUCACACCGCAGAUCUUCUGUACCAGCUGUGGAAUCAGCCUCCUCUCAGAGCAGCUCAGACAGUUCUGAUGAUGAAAACCACCAACCAAAAUCUGAACAAGUUUUAGCGCAUGCUCUUGCUGUCACAGAAGUAGAGAAGUUAAAUUUAGAAUUUCACCCCAGCGCUGAUAAUGUGGAAUCUAAAUCUCACAUUACAAUCUCCGAUGAAACGAAUGUUACGAAUAUUCACCAAGAAGCCACGAGAAGCAGAUCAUCUUCAGAAAGUUCUGGAAAAUCACUAGAACCAAAAGCAGAAGCUUCUUCUGACAGUAGUUCAGAGAGCUCUGAUGAGAAUGAUGAAGAUCGAGAUCUGAAAACUGAAGCUCAUGUGUCCACACAACACGCUACAGCAGAGCAGGAAGACGAAGCAAUGCAGCUGAUAAUCAAAGAACGCGAGAUCAGAGAUAAUUUCUCGUCCCCGACUUUAGAGCACGCCAAUGGUCAAGACGAAAUAGAAAUCCACAAACCGUCGACGUUAAGUAGAUCUUCAUCUCAAAGUAGCAAGAGCUCUGAUGGGAAAUCUCCCAUAGUCAAAGAAUCAGACAGUAGUUCGGACGAAGAACAAGAUAUUUCUUCUGAGAAACAAGUUACAACAACAGUUGAACAUCCAGAGACCUCUGAGCUUAAUUUAGAUCUACAUGUAUUUUCACAUAUUAUUUUAGACCAGGCUGGGGCUAAUGUAGAUAAAAAUGACACGGAGAUUAAAGAUCGGAAAAUGUCAUCUUCGUCGUCUGAAAGUAGUCUAAGCGUCAGUCGGAAAUCGUCAGUAGCAGAAGCCAAAUCGUCCGACAGUAGCGCGGAUGAGAAGGAACAGACCGAGACAGAAAACUCUGAACACGUCUUUACAUCGGCAGUAGCCCAGCCCACCAAGGAAAUGGACGAAUUUAGUUUAGAUCUGCAGCAGAAGCUUGUAGCCCUAGAGAUGGGAUCCGCAGAAAUCGCAACCCAUCCCAAACCGCUUGAUCGGGUUGUGGGUCCGGAUAUCAACAUCCGGAAACCUUCAACCAGAAGUAGGUCAUCGUCAGACAGCAGCAAGCAUUCCGAUCGGAAAUCCCCGGUACCAAAAGUAGCAGACAGUUCCUCAGACAGCGAUUCGGACAACUCCCAUAAGCUGAAAACACAAAGAGCCCUACGUUCUGAGCAGAGCCCCAGCCUCGUUUCGGUAAUUCCCGAUCCCAAAUUAAGCCCAAGCUUUGAUUUCCUGACGGCCAGCCGGGCAAUCAUUCAACAAAUCAACAGCCGAAACGUCAGCCGGACCAACUCGCUGAGAAAACAAACAAACAUAGACCAUGACAUUAUUGUCAAGUCGGAGUCCGCGCCUCACCCCAGGGUAACAGAACCCCCCGCCCCGCCUCCCGCCCCGGCUCACCAGCCUCUGAAGCAAACCUCAUCCUCGAGUUCCAGUGAGUCAGACCAAGCAGACGAAGAGCAUCUUCCCGCGUCUUCAGUCGCCGCAGACGAGCAAUAUUUACACACAUAUGUCAACACAGCACAGAACAAACACGCUGAGGAUUACACAGGUACGUCGCGCGCUGGGCUAACUGCGCAGGUAGACGACACACACGUUUCUUUACCUACCUUCACCCCCAGUGUAAAUAUCCCUCCGCCAGAAAACGAGGAAAAAGAGUUACACAUUGAGUUUUUGAAAAUGUUACACGAAAAUAAAACUGCUAACGAGUAUGCAAACAUUACCACCGGGGGCGGUUCGCUGACCCCCGCCCCACCCCUUGCAGAAACCAGUGAAGCCGAACGAUCUAUCAUUGCCAGCGGGCAGAUUACGACCCGCCAUACUUACACGCAUAUUCAUAACGGCUACAACGUUAUUGAUGACGAAAGCGGUCACGAGAACGGCGGGCGGCGACAGCCAGACGAUCAAAGCCAAGUGUUCGAGCUGGAUCAAGCCCGAUCCGAUAUCCACCACACGAUCGAACACAAAUCAGAUUUAAUCCCCGCUUACAAAUCAAGUGACACCGCCCACUCUACCAGACGAUCGAGCAGUUCCAGCGAUUCUUCCGGACAUGAGCCAGCAGACGCGAGAAAAAUGGAUUCAGACAGCGAAGGCGAAACGGAACUUAAAAAGUCAUCGGAAUUUAUUUUGACAUCCAGCGAAACAAACAUUACCACGGCAGAUGACAGCUUGCUGGAUAUUCACGAAAUAACGACAAAUCUUGUGCAGAAAUCCAAAAGUAGUAAAUCAUCAUCGAGUUCAAGCAGUCGAAGUAGUUCAGACAAUGAAGAUGAGUCGGUUAAAGAUUUUACUCAAGUACAAAACAAUGUGACAACUCAUCUUACGGAAUAUCAUAUUCAUGAGCAUACAGUACAGGAGAAGAGAACCCACUAUGAGGAAAAAAUACCUCACACGGAAGAAAAAGAAGAAAAGGUACAUGACUCUGUUCAAAAACAAGAACAGACAACCACAGACGACUACGUAGAAAAAAGGGCUCGACCGGAGUUAUUUGCUCACGUCGCUACAAGCCCACACGGAGGAAGGGGAGAGAACGGAGGCGGUAGUUUCGAGGCUAGGUUCGACCACGGUAUCGAAGAGACCUCGACUUCCUUCAGUCGUCUGUCAUCGUUAGAUGGGAGUUAUGUCCCUUCUGUGUUGCCGCAGGAGAAUAAAUCUCCAGAAGUCGAUUCUGAUUUCUUAUCGAUUCUGAACGAUAUCAAAGUCGAUACUGAAGACACUUCGAAUUUCACUGGAGGAAUUUCAUCACACAAGUUGGACAGUGAGAGCGACCACAGUGAUUCGAGUAGUGAUUCUGAAAUUCCAAUCGGCGAUAAAAGAAGAUCGAGUAGUGAUUCGUCGAAUAGUGACAAUUCAAACGUGAUUAACCAAUCAGGGAGCUUGUUACAGAAAGAGAAUAACCACGAAACAGUUCAUGCGGAUUUAAGUUUAUCAAAACAAAAUUCUCAAACCGGGAUUUUGGUCGAAGAGAAAUUUUCAUCUUCGGAGGCGGUUCACGUGAGCACCAAACCCAGUGAGAUACCUCACCAGCACUCCUCCAUCGAUGAGGUCAUACGUCAGCAGCACAAGAUCCUCUCCCCCAAGGCCAGCUCCUACAUCGAGUUCGAGAAAGAUCUGAGUUUCGGCAGCGACCUCAAGAGCACGCGUGCGAGCGUGAGUAGUUCUCACAGCGAACACCAACUCACCCCAAAAGAAACGGCUUUCGACAGUUUGUUUUUCGGCGUCACGGAACAUAAGACGGUUCCAGAAGAUUCCAGUUCCUCGUCUUCAUCUGAGCGCGGGGUACCGGAACAUCCCGGUCCGGUCACGUGGUCAUCGUACGAUGACGUUACGGCUAUAAAAAACAGUUCGGUUGCAUCUUCCAAAUCUUCUAAGAAAUCCAAGUCCAGUUCUUCCAAAUCUUCGUCUUCUGAAUCUAACCAAGACAAGCCAGAAACUGAUCUAGAAAAACCUUUUAAAGAGCUUUUAAAUUUUGAACACGAAAUAAAAGAAAAACAGCCUGAAACUGGAAAUAAAUUCAAUUUUGAGCAUAGCACUCUAGGGAAGCAAUUAUCGCAUACCAGUGAUUCAUCAUUACCGAAAUCAAUCGACGAAAGUGAACUACUUACUCCGGCCAAGUUCAAAGAAUUAAAAAAAGUAUUUGAACAGGCCGGACCAGACGAGGUGGUUGUGAAGAGAACGAGUUUUAAGGCUGUCAAGAGUAAUUUGAAAUCGCCGGUGUGGUCGCAGUACGAGACACGCCCCCAGCAAGGCGGGAGCAGUUUAACCGGACCGGUGAGUGUCGAACCACCGCGCAGUGAUCUUCUGACGCAUCAGGUGCACACUCCGCGAGUCCUCGACACGAUCAGCACGGCGGAACGCAAACAUUCGUCUGGUUCUUCGUCGUCAGACGACAGCGAUGAUACGAACGUCAAAGAAAACAAGACCUCGUACAACUUAGUGUUGAACCAACUCAAUUUGAAUUUCGGCAGGAGAACGCCGAAUUUCCUGCACACGCAGUCUCCGACCCAAGAUCCGUCGGUGUCAGCACACCAUGGGUUUCAUCACGACACCGUAACACACCAUGACAAAGACACCAGCAGUUCGGACAGCGAGGGCAGCAUGGUCAGGCUGACUCGGAAAUCGAACAGCGUGAAAUCCGAGGGCAGUUCGAGCAGCGAGGACAGCGACAAGAUGGCGGCGGUCGUGGGUCAAGUUUCGUCUUUCGGAAUUCACAAACAGACCACGCACGAGGAGAGCUUUCACGCGGCGUCGGAGAACUCUACUUCACAUACGCCGGCGGUGAACCUAGACACGAGCGGAUGUUCGGAUAUAUUUCUUCUCCAAGAUUCAAAAGGCGAUGUUUACGCUUUGCAAGAAGUCGGGGAUAGUGACGUCAAAGCGGUGGAACAAAACGUGACGACACACCUACUUCCGACGUCACACAACGAACACGCGACCGUAAACUUUAACGGCUUGAGCUAUGGGCGGCAUCAAGGCGAGGAGAUAAAAUCCGAACUUCAUGUCAGCAGUUCCGCUGUCGACGAGGAUAAAGCGAGUGAAAUUAUUACAGCAUUCCUCGAGUCGCAGGAGGCUAGUAAACAUCGGAAAGCGCGCCCCGACACGGAGUCAGCCGAGCGAAACACAACAACCGAACAGCGAGGGUGGGGCACGGGGCGAACGUCUCCGCCGAAUUCAUCCGUACGGGACACAGGUACAUAUUCCCAGCUCGCUACCACUGAAACAACCCAGUCAAGCGGCUCUACCGGCGUGUACAACAAUGUUUAUGAUUCCUACCUACCUACCUACGAGCUUAGCUCAAGAACUGAACACAGCCAGACUUGGACUAGUGUGAAAAACGACAACAACCAUUCGCACGCAUCCGAUUCUUUUGUUGUAAACGAUCACCAAAUCUAUAGAGAACGAUCGGAUUCGAGUUCGGAUUCAAGCUCUGAUGAUAUAAAAAGGUACGUUGUUCGAAACCAAAUUAACCCUUUAUAUGGCGUUGACCUUAACCAAAGCCAAGAUCGGUCGGUAGUUCACCAACAGCAGACGGUAGUUCACGGGCAGCAGGCGAUAGCUCACCAGCAGCAGGCGCAACACGUGCCCUACCAGACGACACCGAUAACGGUGACGACGACAACCCAGGCGGUCGUAGGUGAGCAGGUGGAUAUGAAAAUCGACUUCUCCCCACCCGUGAGAUCACCUGACGUGUUCACCAUGCGCUCCCCCCACACCGACACCUCAUCCUCUGAUGACGAAACGCACCGUUACGUCAUUAACGGAAAACCGAAAAAAAGCUCGAUGAAACACACGUCGAAAUACGACAACGAAUUCAACACGAGUUCAGAUGGGUAUCGUUCUAACACCGAAACUUUCACAUACGACCAGAGACCAGUUCAAAACACGGUUUAUAAAACGUACACUAGCCUGCCACCCACCUCGACGGACGAGUCCAUGUACAGGGUGUAUUCCCGCAACAGGAGUCACUCCCCUCCCUUGUACUCCCCUCCCGAGUCCCGAAGUUAUGCCUCCCAUGACACGUCCACGAGAGCCUCACAUUCAUCACGUCAACAAGACAGCAACAAUUUAUACCGGCUGCGUAACUUAUCCUCCAGCGUGCCGGAGAGCUUACACGUUGCCGGAUUACAACGGACUCGACCCCACAGCAAAACUGGCGACACGCCCUACAGGAUAGUUCGUGGGGGCUCCAAACAGCACCAUAGCCCGGAAAGAUUUUUCAAAAACCCAACAUUAUCCCUUAGCAAAAACUACAGCAGAGAGAGCUCAUCUGAUGAAGACCGCGAUGCGAAACAAUACCGUACGGUGACGAAAGUUUACCUGAAUGGAGACCAGCCGACACAGCCGGAGAAACAAACCCUCUACAAGGUCUCGUCACUUCAGAGUCAACAAAGUUUUGACAGGAAGAGAGACUCGGGUCGCUCAGAAGACAGGAGCUACUACAAGAUUAGAAACUCGAGCGCGGACGAGGACUUUGCCGAGAGCAACAAGAGAUACAGGGUCGUCUCAUCUUCAGAUAAUGAAACUCGUAACCGUGUGCUGUCUGCAUACUCGGUGCCAGACCUACGCCAAACUAAAUCCCUACAGGAGGCGACGAUAACCCGGACUGAAAAAGUGAUACCGUCUCGAGUUCAAAACCAGCCCUCGUCUUCCAAAACUCACAGAACAGUCAUCCAACUCGAGGUGGAAGGGAAUAAAAUCAAAGAGAAGCAAAAAUCGGAAGAGGAUUUUGUUGAUCCAAGGUACAUGGUCAAACAAGCGAAAUCUGUCGACGAUUUAAGCACCAGCACCCGAGUGGUGGUGAAUAACUCAGCGCCCAGCGACCCCAAAAUGUGGAGGACUGGGAAAGCUAAGAGCAUGGACUCGUACAGGAUCGGAUCCGACUCCGACGACGAUAACAACCGCCGGCGGAGUUCCAGAAAACCCGUCAACCCGAUUAAACAGACGGACGGGAAGAAAAUGUACGUCAUCAACAGCUCGGUCAGUAACCCGAGCUCCUACCCGGGGAAUUUCGUCUCGACCAUAGACAUCAACGAGAACCGCGAACCUCGCUUCUCCCACGCGCAGAAUCUCAACAGAUCUGACUCACAGUUAUACAAAACUGAAAAAACUGUUUAUUUCGUUCGAGAAAAAUCCAACCCAACCUUCAACAGCAUGCCUCAGCGAACCUACUCCUCGGAAUUCGUCUCGCCGGAUUCCGGUCAAGGUACGGAAAUCGCCAGCUCCGAUGGCGAAAACGAGUCUCGGCAUAAAUACGAACGGGUUGAGAGAAUCUACGAGAUCAGCCGAGAACCUCAGGUUCCAGAACAUUUCCUGUCGUCUGAAGACCUCAGCAACGACCUGCGCGUGCUGAGGGGGAAGAUUUUGAUCCAGAACCGUCUAGACGGGUCUCACGAUGAGGACGAUUUCGAUGAAAACGCCAACCUGUUCGACACGAGCUUCCACCUGGGCAAGGACAACCCGCUGUACUCGAGCGACCCCGACAUCAUGGCCAGCCUACAGAGGGAGGAGCAGGAGGAGUUGGCGAGGCGCGUGCAUCAGGAUAUAACCUUCGAAACGGUGGAUAAAAUAGCGCACAAGUUCAAAGGUCAAGGAGGUCAAGUUGAACUCAGUCCAAAACCCAGGAAGAAACAGAAUCUCAGCGCUCUUCUGCUUUCAAAGUUGGCCAAUGUUGACAGCAAGGACAUCCGGCAGACGAUAGAUGUUGAGCAUCACAACGAAGAAAUUAUUGGCGAUAUUGAUUUCAUCCAUGCUGAUGGCCAGAGAACCGGAUCUAGACACACAUCCAACUUUGACAGUGUCAAUGAGAAAGUGGAAUUAACAUUGACUCAAGGGAAAGCAUAUGUCAUCAUUAAGGUGAUUGCAGAAAGGAUAGUUCCUGUAGACUACGAGUUCAACGUGUGGCGCAAGUCCCAGGCCAUAGUGACCAGACAGAUUGAGAUCGACCUGCUGGCCAAUGACCAGAGGAGGAGGCUGUACAAGCAUGUCAUGGAGAGUGCCAGUCAUGCAGGCUACCUGGAUGAUGCAGGGUCAAAGGGCAGAGGUCAGGAUGCAGAUAGAUUUUCAUCCAAAGAGAGACAACUCACCAGCAUGGAGACCUUGAAACUUUUCUCCCAGAUUUUAGAUGUGGCUGAAGGUCAAGGUGAGAGGGAGCACACUGACAUCAAGACCAAGCAGGAAAUGGGUCAGCUCCCAGGGACUGCCGCUGACCUACUUUAUUAAAUCAGUCAAUCCCAGCAUUCAUUUUGCUAUCACAAACCGGUAAUUAUAAUGCAAAUAAAGGAGAACUACUAUUCACUUUCUUAAGUAUGUCAUGGUAUAUACAUAUAUACACAUAAAUACUUUGUUUGAGCUUUUUCUACCUUUGUACAACAAUUCUGCAAUUAUAAUUCUUAAUAUGAUAACUAUUAUUAAAUUAACACUGAGCAACUGGCCACAUGUACCCUACUAGAUCAAGCUUGGUGAUAGUAAAUCAUCCAGUUGAGGUUUGAAAAUCAAGUCUUACACUGAAAAUGAUGAGGUGAAAGAGGUUUAAAUAAUAAUGUUGUAUAACAUGACUUAAUUUUGUGAACAUUUUGCUGACAAUAUUUAUUAAAUUCAUCAACUAUGUUCAUAAAUUUGAAUUCAUUAAACUAUGUUCAUAAAUUUUAAUUCAUUAAACUAUGUUCAUAUAUUUGAAUUUGUUAAACUAUGUUAAUAAAUUUGAAUUGCCUGUAAAAAGUAAACAAGAAUGAUACUUUAUACUAUGUCUAUCAUAUGAUACAAUAUAUAACAAUACCAAAACAAUACACGUUUUCAUUCACACUAGGAGCUGUUGAGUCAUUUCAUUAAACAGUGCAGAUAGUUUUCAUAAGAAAUCUUCACUUUUUUAUUUUUCUAAAUUAUCAUUAGUUUUGUUUUGGCUUUUUAAAACAAUUACAGAAGUAAAUUAUUGGCUGUUUUUUUAAUAAAAAAUAACAAAUAUAUACCCUAUGUCUAUGUAUUUUGUAUAUAAACUGAAAAUAAUUUUAUAACCUAAAAUUAUGCUACUAGAUGGAUAUGUAAUAAAUUAUGUUGGAUUUUAUGUUAUUUUUAUAAUGUCUAAUUGUUUCCUAGAUUACUCUGUAAUGCUUGUUUUACAAUUAACCAUAAAGAAACAGCCUGAGUAAAUAAUAUAAGGUACCCUAUUCAAGAAAGUUAAAAAUAUUUUUCUUUUAAUAAACCUAACAGAAGAUAUAAAAUGUUAACUACAUUUUUUCAGAAUACAAGAAAUGUGUAAUUUUUAAAAAAAACAACUUUAAAGCUAUGUUAAACAUUUUAAAUUAAAAACAAAAAUGUAAACAAAAUUCAGUUUCCAUUGUUCUUUUGUUUGUUGGCCUGAGCUAUGGUAACACAUCUCAGCAUUAAAGGUGAAAUUUUGUAGCCAUUAGUGGUGUACUUCCCUCUAUGGGACUACUGUUGCCCUCUACAAGACUGAUACUGUCCUCUAUAGGACUACUACUGCCCUCUAUAGGACUACUACAGCCCUCUAUAGGACUACUACUGCCCUCUAUAGGACUACUACUGCCCUCUGUAGGACUACUACUGCCCUCUACAGGACUAAUACUGCCCAUUUGUGGGAUUAUUCACCUACUUCAUUUCACUGCUGUUCAUUAUUUGAAUCAUAACUAACUACUUCCAUUAUUUAAAUCAUAACUACCUACUUUACUAUCCUAUAAUUGAUUUAUAAAUGUUUAAAUGCCUGACACACGUCUCAAUGUGAAUUAUUCCAUUUGUUGUUGUACCAUAAACCACCAUGUUUUUUUAUAUUCCAAUAUUUUUAUACAGAUUUUUACCAAUGUAAAACUGAUUGUAAUAUUUUAAUAUUUGUUUAUGAAAUGUAUGAAUGUUCCUUACCCAGAAAUGUAUACAUGGAAUCUUAACAUUACAAAAAUUUUAAACACUUAAGUUUUAUCUAUUCCAUUAUAUCAAUAUUGUUUACAAAAUAAUAAAAGCUGUAUGAUAUGCUGUAUAACAUCAUAUAUUCAUCAUAAAUGAUAAGUUUUUUUUAAACAUAUCUAAAUAGAUACACACACCACAAUAUUUCUACCCAAUAAAUAGUUUUGUAGAAUUAGUAGGUAACAUAUAUGAAUGCGCAUGUGAAUUGUGCAAAUACGUAUAUGUCCGUAUGUUUGUAUUGGAGAUAUGUCUUACUGUAUGUGUUCAAAAAACUACAAUCUUGUUCUUAUCUUUUUAGGUGCUAUUUUAUACUAGCUAGGAAUAUAAUAUUUUCAAAUUUUUCUGCAUGUGAAUGUAAUAUUAAAUGAAAUGAUAGUAGGUGAUUUUGUUUUUAUUUAUCAAUGUUCUCUAAACAAUUGAAUUAACGUAUACUUUGAAUUAAAAAAACGUUUACAAUACUGUGCAGGAUGAGUAAACUAAGAUGCUCGAAAAGUUCCGAAUAGUUAACAACUAUUACUUAGCUGUCACUUUUAUCUAAAUCUACAUGUGUGAAUAAAUUGUCUUCUUUGCAUCCAUUGUUUAGAGUUGAUAAGUUGAAGGAACCAAAAUAUGAGCUUUUAACUGCCCCAUUGACUGAAGGGUAUUUUAAUCUUUUGUUAUUUUUAUACUUUAAAAUUUUUUUUCAAUAAUAUUGUUUCAAAAUAUUUAUUUAAAAAAGAAAUGACAAUUGUCUUAUUUUUGUAUAUUAUUUAUUUAAAAUAACAGGAUAAUAUAUUUUUUUUAAUAAUUCAUUUCUAUAUCCGCAUCAUUUUCUUGUAAUUGCAGAAGAGCUAUAUAAUUCAUUACGCAAUGAAAAUUAUGCUAGUUAACGUUCAAAUAAAAAUUGCUAAUUUUUUUUUAAAGAUAAGUUUAAAUAUCCUAAUUGAAAACUCAGAAAUAAAAAAUUAAAGGCACACUAAAUGAUUAAAAAGAAUUCUUUUCAACAAACUAUGCUGAUGAGAAUUAAAUUAAUCCAAUAUAAAAUUAAACUCUUGAAAUAUAUUUCAAUUAAAAAAAAACAUGUAUAACAUUGUUUAUUAAAAAAUGUAAUUAUGCAAUUCAGAUGUGAUAAAAGCUAUUCAUAAUUGAGUUAAGAGUAUCUAGGAUUUGCCUAUUUGAAUAAAAGUUCAAACAUGGAAGUAACACACAGAUCUGUUAAAAUAAUCAAAUGAGCAAUUUAAGAAAGAAUAUUUUCUUUUUUUUAAACAUCUUUCUUAGAUUACAUCUGUCUUUCAAAUGUUGUCCAGUUGGUCAUCACAUUCUUUUAAACAAAAUUUUCAUUAGAACUUUUGCUGAUAGUUCGCCAAAUGUUUUAAUACAUAUUUUAAAUAAGCUCUAUUUUCUUUAUAAAAAUCAACAUUGUUAAACUAUAUUUUCAUUCGGCAUUUUUAUUUAAUAAAGUUGCACAAUGCUUUUAUUUUAAUUUGAAAAUUGUCUUAUUAAGAAUAGAGAUAAGUAUUUUUUCUUCUUUCCCCCUAUCAAUAUGUUAAAAUGACUUCCAGAAACAGAUACGCAAACACAAUAUAUUGGUCGUCUAAAACUAGCUAGUGAGCCACACACUGAUAUUAUAUUCACUAACUUUGAGCAUUGCUUGACAUGUUAUCAAUUGUAAAUCUAUUUAUUUGUAAAUCUAUAAUCUUCCUAAUAUGCAGACUACCCUGUGUUGUAUUUAGACAUUUCUGCUUGUGAUACAUGCAAAAUUGAACCUCGCCAAAAGUUUUAUUAAUUCAAAAAUUUGUUUGCUUGCACGUUGAAAUUUGUUUCUAUUUUUUUUUUUUAAAUUAUUAUUCUUGGACACAUUAGUAUAAAACUAUUUAUUAUUGAAAGGAAUUAGAUGAUUUAUAUACAAUGUUAACCACUGUAGAACAUGUAUUGCUGGA